CGCACUUCCUUCUGGCCGAGCGCAGCCACUCGCUCCGACGCGUCGACACCCACGCAGUCGAUCGGCAACCUCGAAGCGUUCUCCAACGCUCUUCCGAGCCACGACGGACGAGCUUCUGCCAGGUGGCGUGCCUGUGCUCACCUGUGUCAGCAGAAUUUUUACCUGCGAACCUUCCACCGCGAGUCGGGGACCGGUCGACCAAUCGGCGCGGCCGACCCUGGGGCCCCACGCUCGGCGCCCAUUGCGCCUCACAGGAAGAGCUGCUGGCUCGUCAGCCGAGCAGCCUUAGUUCGGAAAUUUCACUGUUGGAAUAACGAGGUCGGUACACGGAAGCCGAUCCCCCAGGCACUGUCCGCCGUGAAGUAGUGCGCGUUGCGGGUGUACGUCGUACGUCGCUGAAACGUCAUCGACGCAGCUCCGCAGGCAGCAGGAUAAGCCACAACAUGGAGAUCCCGGCAGCUUGGCUGCUGACCAUCUUCCUGGUGGCUACCGGGACUGAUGGGACGACCAUGACUACGUCGCCCUCGUACAAUGAAACGACGACCGUAGAAUUCUCUCUUACUUCUCUCCGCCAAGAUGCAACAAACGCAACGACGACCAGCGGACCUGUGCAGACGGAGAACAAAUUCAUGAAUUACGCUAGACCCUUCACGAACGUGAAGGACAUACUGAUGCAGGAGAUUCGCACCUUGGGCGAAGAUACUUCAGAUUCUUCGGAUGCUUCGGAUGCCAAGAUCCAGGAAGAAGUUGCGGAGACAUUCAAGGCCGAGGCGCAGAGAGACCGCGCGAACUUGCUGAUGAAAACAACCGCGAAGCCGAGCAGGCCGAGCAAGCCGACGAUGAAGAAGGCGAACGUCGUGUUGGAAUCCGAGAAGCUGCAGAAAUUCGACGACAUGCCGUACGAGGACGAGCUCAGCGAUGAGUACGCCGAUCUAGACGAUGAGGACGACGACAUCGGCGAUAUAGACAAGGACCUGGAAGACGAGCUCAACGACGAGGAGUCGGUCAUGAUGGAGUGCCCUGAUCAUUGCAAAUGCGCCGGGCAAUACGCCGCUGCGAUGACUGCAUCGUGCUCCAAGCUAGUGGAAGGUCAGACCUUCGGGCCGGGCAUCGCCCAUUUGCGACUCGAGAACGCAGGGGAGAUCCGGCUCGGGCCGAACGCACUGCGAGUCCGCGGUCUUCAGCAAUUGGAAUCGAUCACCAUCGUCGACACGCGCAUAGUCGAGUUAGAUCGCACGGCCUUCAACGGCAUCUCGUACCUGUUCGCCGUGAACCUGACGCGCAACGGUCUCCACGAUAUCCAUCCCAACACCUUCCAGAAUAACUCGCAGCUCAGCCUGCUCACGAUCGCCGACAAUCCGCUCAAGCACACGCAAGACACCAAGGGCAUCAAGCACUAUUUGCUGCACGCACCCUCAGUCACCGACUUCGACUUCUCGAAUAACGGCCUGCUGCGACUGAAACGCACCGCCUUCUCGAAGAUGCAAGCCAUCGAGUACAUCAGCCUGCGCGGCAACUGGCUGAAGGAAAUCGAGCCCGGGACCUUCGACUCGCUCAAGUCGCUCGCGGAGGUUGACCUCUCGGAGAAUUUGCUGGAUGAAAUCCCGUCGGAACUUUUCAACAUGAUGGUGCAGACUCUUCGUAUGUCAGAAAAUAAUCUGUCGACGUUGUCCAUCAUAAAUGCCUCGAAACUGUUGCUACUCGAUGCCUCGAAGAAUAGAAUCAAGACAAUCGGCAAAGAGGACCUGAAAGGCGUGCCGCUAUUAGAACAACUGCAAAUAACGUCGAACAAUUUGAAGAGGAUUCACCCGCACGCUUUCAAUCAUCUCGAUCAAUUGACUUACGUUGAUAUCAGCGACAAUAAUAUCUCCUCGUUAACGGAGCAUCAUUUCAGAGCCAAUGCAAGGCUGCAAGUUCUGCUGAUGAACGAUAACCCCUCUCUGCAAAUUCUACCGGUCUUCAAGACCUCCGGCUUGACGUACGAGACAUUUAGCACCUUCCGCUUCGAGUGCGAGAAUUGCGGCCUAAAGAACAUCUAUCCACAAACAUUCGACGAAAUGCCGGCUCUGAAUAAGCUGAAUCUCGCGAGGAAUCAACUGGAAGGUUUGCCCAAUGGUCUCCUAAGCCAACUCUCGUCCCUUCGAGACCUGGACCUUUCCGACAAUAUGAUCUCGACUCUCCAACCCGACAUGUUCCACGGUGCUGAAAGCUUGGGCAAGCUCAAUCUCGCUGGCAACCCGUUGAGAACGUUGCAAGUAACGCCUUUCCUGAAAACCCCGGUACUCUUUAAGCUGGACGUGAGCCGGUGCAGUCUCGAGCGCGUGUGGAGCGAAGCUAGGGUGCCGCUGAAGAGCCUCAAAUUCCUGUCGGUGCGUGACAACCUUCUGCGACGAAUCACCGUGGAGGAGCUCAAGGCCACGCCGAAACUCAGCGGUCUGGAUUUGUCGCACAAUCCGAUGGAUUGUGACAAUGAAUUCAACGAAGCUGUGCAAUGGCUCACCGACCGCGGUGUCAAGCCGACGGAGAUGAUAAAGUACUACAGUGAUUUCCUCGCCGGCCACGACGGCGAGUCGGACGGCAUCUCCGAAUGGACGGAUCUGGCGAAGACGGUUUGCGACGGAAUAGAAGACGGUCCGCCGAUCAGACAAUUCCCUGACAAGAACGAACAAUCGGAUAUUCUGCCGAACAUCGAUCAUGAGGACACCGAGUCUCUGUUGAAACAGGAGCUCGACCAAGCUGAGAAGCUCUUGAAGCUAGACGUGGAUCACGGCAUGCGACAGGCUGAGGAUCAUCGAUUGCUGGAGGACCGGAUCUACGGCGAAGAAUUCGCGGUUACUACGGAAUAUCACUCUGGCCUCUUGUGGAUAUGCCUCACGAUUAUUCUUCUCAUCCUGGCCCUCGGGCUGUUUGUAGUGCACAUUGUCCUUUGUUUGGCGAAGAGACGAGGACGAGGCCCUGUCCUCAGGCCGCCCAUGAUCCUUCGUCAGGGUCUGGUCGACAACAAGAACUGCGGUUUGGUGUACAAACCGCUGCAAGAGGAAAUAGCGACGCCGCACAUGCCGAAACGCGGCAGUUUCUACUCGAGCAGCACCUUCCAUUACGACAAAAUCGUGCCAGAGAGUGUAUAGAACCUGUUUCUUGAUUAAUUAACUAAUUACAGCAGGUGACCAACGAUUGGUUGUGACACGGGUCGCUGAAGCCACUUCUCGUGGCUUUCGUAAGUUAAAAGAAAUUCGUUAGACUGCUAAUCGGUGAAUUACAGGAGGCCGCCGAUUGGUCGACGGAUCACUUUUGAGAAGAUGUGCAUUAAUUACUGAUUCCGAAUUAUAAUGAUUUAAGUAGUCUCCUUUUUACUCGACCAUAUCUCACAAUAUAUGUGAUCGUUAUCGUACAAGUCAAGUCAAGUUUGUUCUUCUUCUUGGCAUUUUUUUUUUUUAUAAAAAGGAUAUCAAAGAGAAAAUGAGCAUAAAAAUAUUGAAAUAAUUAUAAGCAUUUGAUUCGGGUUUCUAGAAACUAAAUUGCCAAAAUUUUUUGUAUAUUUUUUUGAACUUUUAGACUCUCGCCUUCGAAAGAUUUACAGAAGCAAUGCGAUUAAUGUGCGUCUGUUUUUAUCAUUAACGUGGAAGAUAGAAUUAAAAUAACUGACAUUCGCAGUAACUUAAACGCAAAACACAUCGCUGUUUUACAGUCAGUUUUGUGAGGAUUUUUCAUAA